UUUCUCUGCACUAAAAACAUAAACAAAAGUUGGAGUUUUUCAAGGCACAUACAAAUUAAGCUUCAGCCUUUUAUAGCUCUGGGAGUGACAACGAUUAAGAGUGUGACAUAUCUUUAUUUAGUUUCAUAUUUUGCUCAAACUUCAUACCUAUUUGCCCAGGCAGUUGAAGUUCAGCUAAAGUUCUUCCCUCAUCCCUUCGCGUUUCAUGCACAUAGAAAAGAAAUGUUCGCAUUCACAAUGAUGAGAGCUAGCAAUGCCAUUACUUUUCUCGUUCUUGCUUUAUUACUUGUCGAUGGCGUCCACUGUGAAGACCCAUAUAGAUUCCUCACUUGGAGGAUCACGUACGGCGAUAUCCACCCUCUGGGUGCGAAGCAACAGGGGAUCUUGAUUAAUGGCCAAUUCCCAGGGCCUCAAAUAGACGCCGUCACAAAUGAUAACUUGAUCAUCCGCGUCCACAACUACCUCAGAGAACCAUUCCUCAUUUCAUGGAAUGGGUUACAGCAUAGGAGGAACUCGUGGGAGGAUGGUGUUGAUGGAACAAACUGUCCAAUUCCACCAGGGAAGAACUUCACUUACAUUAUGAGAAUUAAAGAUCAGAUAGGCAGCUUCUUCUACUUCCCAUCUCUGCAAAUGCACAAAGCUGCUGGAGGGUUCGGAAGCAUCAGAAUCUGGUCCCGUCCCAGGAUUCCUGUCCCAUUCCCUCCUCCGUCAGGCGACUUCACCAUACUAGCUGGAGAUUGGUUCAAGAGAGACCACCAUAGACUAAGGAGAAUGCUAGAGAAUGGCCAUAACCUUCCCUUCCCUGAUGGGUUGCUUAUCAAUGGACGUGGGUGGAAUGAAAACACAUUCACUGUUGAUCAAGGGAAGACAUAUAGGUUCAGGAUAUCAAACGUGGGGCUGACAACGUCUGUAAACUUGAGAAUCCAAGGGCACAAGAUGACGCUUGUGGAGGUUGAAGGGACUCAUACAAUCCAGCAGAUCUAUUCUUCACUUGACAUCCAUUUAGGGCAGUCCUGCUCAGUUCUGGUGACGGCUGACCAAUCUGCCCGAGACUACUACAUAGCCGUGUCUACCAGAUUUACAAGGAGGCUACUCAAAAAUACAGCCAUUCUUCACUACAGCAAUUCACUUACUAGGCCAUCUGGUCCUUUUCCUCCAGGACCUACCCUUGAUAUUGCUUCUUCUCUCUCUCAGGCCUUGACUAUCAGGCAAAACCUGACGGCAAGUGGGCCGAGACCAAACCCACAAGGUUCAUACCACUAUGGUCUGAUCAAACCCACUCGAACCAUCGUCUUCGCUAACUCUGCUCCUCACAUCAACGGCAAGCAGAGGUUUGCCGUUAACGGCGUGUCCUACAUCUCACCGGACACCCCUCUCAAGGUGGCUGACUACUUCAACAUUCCCGGCGUUUUCUCCGUCGGAAGCAUCCCCUCCUACUCCACUGCCGGCGGGAACGCCUACCUCCAAACUUCAGUUUUGGGUGCUAACUACCACGAGUUCGUGGAAAUCGUGCUCCAGAACUGGGAGAACUCCAUCCAGUCGUGGCACUUCGAUGGCUAUUCCUUCUUCGUUGUCGGGUUCGGUGGGGGGCAGUGGACAGCUGCAAGCAGAGCAAGCUACAAUCUGAGAGACGCUGUUGCUAGAUGCACCACUCAGGUGUACCCGAGAUCAUGGACGGCGAUCUACGUGGCACUGGACAACGUGGGGAUGUGGAACAUAAGAUCAGAGGAUUGGGGGAGGCAGUACUUGGGACAACAAUUGUACGUGAGAGUGUACACAUCAUCUCACUCGUGGAGGGACGAAUAUCCAAUCCCAAAGAACGCUCUUCUGUGUGGGAGGGCAAGAGGUCGUCACACUAGGCCUUUAUAAUUUAGCGUAGACGCAUCAUUAAAUAAGCACUCUGCUGUGAGUGAGAGAGAGAGAGAGAGAGAGCUCAUCUUGACCUUCGUGCUUAUUACUCGUAAAUGUCUGUCUCCAAAUUUUAGUUGGAUGAUAAUGCGGCGGCUACUAUUUUGUGAUUGUGUCAAUGAACCACUUUUCACCUCA